AUGGCUGAUUUUUUAUCACGAAUACAAAUUUCUAAAUCGACGAUCGAAAACCUAAAUGAAAAAUGCAUUAGUCUUAAUUUUAUUCAUGAACAAUCAUCGUUCAUACUGGACUGGUCUAAAAUAAAAAUUGAAACAGGUAGAGAUACAAUUCUCGCUAAAGCAUUGAACGCAGUCUAAACAGGAGAAUGGAACAGUGAUUUUGCCAAUAAUUUAGAACUUAAAUCUUAUAAUUUACGAAAAACUCAAAUUUUAGUAGAACUAGGAUGUUUAUUAUCGUGUUAUAAUACCAUCUAAAUUUCGAAAUAACAUAUUAAAAGAAUUUCAUUCUUGUCAUAUGAAGGCUUCCAGUAUGAAAAGUUUAGCCAGAUCAUAUUUUUGGUGGUCAGGAAUGGAGAAGGAAAUUAAAAAUAUUACGCAUGAUUGCGAAAUUGUCCUUUAUGUUAGGCAAAAUUUACCAAAAUCUAUAAUAUCUCCUUGGAAAUGGUCAAAAAAGCCGUGGACCAGGGUGCAUUGCGAUUUUUUCGGAUCAUUUCAAAAUAAAUAUUUUUUUUUAUCAUAGUUGACGCGAAUACAAAAUAGUUAGAAAUAUUUCUAGUAAAUAAUAUGACAGCAGAAAUUGUCAUAAACAAAUUUUCGGAAAUGAUAGCACGAUUUGGUAUUCCAAAAACAAUUACAUCAGAUGGUGCAAAAUGUUUUACAGGUUUUUAAUUUCAAUUGUAUUGUAAAAUGUAGGUAUAAGACACAUGACAGGUGUGCCAUUUCACCUGGAAUCGAACGGUUGUGCUGAAUUAGGAGUCCAAAUAAUUAAAAACUUCUUUAAAAAAUGUUUGACAGCACAAUCACAAUAAAAUAAAUUUCUUUUAAUGUAUCAUAAUACACCUCAUUCAACAACACAAGAAACGUUAGUUUAGCUAAUAUUUGGUCGAUCAACUCGUUUACAAUUUGAUACAUUAAUAUUAAUUAAACACCAGCGAAAGGGUUUCUGACCGACAAAUAUCGCCAAUAAACAAUGGAGAUAAUAAAAUAUCAUUUACUGUAGGCGAUAAGGAUUAUAGGAAUAAUAAUAAUAAAUGGCAAAAGGGUAAAAUCAUCAAAUGUAUUGGUAACAAUAUGUAUGACGUAGAACUUAAUGAUGAAACUAUUUGGAAAAGAUUUAAUAAUCAAUUACUGAUCGAAAAAUCUUUAACACCAUUAAGCAAUGAUAUUUUACUUAUUUCCGCCAGGAAACCAAUUGAAAUUCCUAAUCCUAUAAUGAUAGAUAAAACUCCCAAACCAAUUAGAGCUAGGAAACCGUCUUAG